AUGGCUGAUGGCCGGAGGUUCAAGUUGUUUGGAAACAUCAUGUCUCAGAGAGUCUUGUUGGCGUUGUCAUUCUGCCCUUCCGAAUUUUCUACCAUCUCUCUCUCCGCUUCUAACUGUCUCUCUCUUGCCUGUGCCUCUUGUUCUGCCCUGCGUCUAGCAUCGUUGUUCUGUCGAACAAGUCGCUCGAUCUCCUCGUGGAACAAAAGAUCUUCGUUACCUGCACUCCUGCUAAGUUUCCUAUCCCAUCCACUGCAGCUAAAAAUCAGCAGCUGCAGUAUUACUGAUUUCUAUUCUUUAUGUGAUCUUUGUAGGUCUAAAUACGAGCAGCAAGCAUUUUUGAAGCCUAGCCUGCGUAUUCAAUCAGGUUCUGCAAAACAGUCUUUACAAGCAAGUUUAUCCCGAAAGAUUGUUAACAGCCUACGAAGUUCGAAUUCAUCAGAAAACUCAGAAUAUAUAGGAACAAUGAAGGUUAAAGUACUUAAAGGCUCCAACUUAGCUGUUCGGGAUAUGCUAUCAAGCGAUCCAUAUAUUGUGUUGACUCUCGGGCAGCAGAAAGUGCAAACGAGCGUGGUGAAUAGCUAUUUGAAUCCGGUAUGGAAUGAGGAGCUUACGCUUUCUAUUCCACACGAUUACAGCCAAGUAAAACUGCAAGUUUAUGAUCACGAUACGUUCUCUGCUGAUGACAUAAUGGGAGAGGCGGACAUAGACAUUCAGCCGAUGAUAACCUCAGCAUUGGCAUAUGGAGACGCUAGAAAGUUUGCGGACAUGCAGAUCGGGAAGUGGCUGAAAUCAUACGACAACGCACUCAUAGAGGAUAGCCCUGUCAACAUUGUUGCUGGGAAGGUGAGGCAGGAUCUGUGGCUCAGGCUCCAAAAUGUAGAAUCUGGUGAAGUAGAACUUGAACUAGAGUGGGUUCUUCUUUGAACUUUCUUCAUUUGUA